CCUGUGGGCCUGUCUUUGAGCUGCGUCUUCAAUAAAGUUUUGAAUUGAAUUGUUCACCCUUUAACGGUCAGGCGCGAGACUGCACGCUGGUCAUCAAUAACUGACAGAAAUAUGGAGGUUAAAGCUGAAGGCUGAUUCACCGACGUUAACGUUAGCUAGGAAACGAAACGACUAAACGGGUUCGUUUAACGCUAACGGACACUUAAAACGGGACGAAACGAGCGUGUUUACGGUAAUUUAAUGAAUCUGUCGUUUUACCGCCCUCUGUCGACCCCGACCGCCGAGGAGACGGAGCGGAAACGGAGAGGAGAGGAGCGGAGAGGAGGGGAGGGCAGCGCGGGCAACGGCUCUCACCGGGAGGGAGGCACUUCGGGAGGGGAGCAGACCUCGAGCCAAGCCCUUCAACCAUCCAGAGAUGAUUUGCCGCGAUCAUAAACACUGAAGCUGCAGCUGGAGACACAAGCUGCUUUAAAACGCUACUUGAUCCUCAGCAGCAGCAACUGAUGAAAAAAUGGCAGGAAUUAGCAGCACAGAACACUUUGUGGAUGAACAUCGAGUUGAACUAAUCCGGAGAGUAACAAACGUUACACCAAUUCUGGAUGCACUCCUCUCAAAUGAUGUUAUCAAUAAAGAAAGUUAUAAUAACAUCAGAUCUAUCCCGGACCCUCAGGACAAGAUGAGGGCUCUCUUUAGAGGGCCUUUGGAAUCCAGUGGAGUAAAAGGAAAAGAGAUCUUUUACCAAAUCUUGAAUAAAUGUUGUCCACAUCUAAUCAGUGACCUCAAGAAACAGUGUAGCAUCAUGGAUACAGUAGAAACAAUGACAGUUAAAAAGGUGCUUUCUGAAACACUGAAUCAUUUGAGUUCAGAAGAGUUUGAAAAAUUCAAGUUUUUCCUCAAAAUGCACAAAGAUUCGCCAACCACCGCGUGGAGUCAACUUAAAGUGGCAAACAUUCAAGACACAGUGAAGCUGAUGGUGGAGACAUACAGUAAAAUAUGUGUGAAGGUGGCCAAAGAGAUUUUACAAAAGAUGAACAUGACCGGUCUUGUACAGAGAUUAUCAGACACCAGUUUAAGAACCAAAGAGAAACACACUGUGGAUGAACAGGAGUCUCCAUUAAUCCAGAGGGUGGCAACGCUGGCAUCUGCCAUAGAGCUGCUUCUGGAAACACUGUCUGAUUUGAGCGACAAAGAGCUUGAGGAAUUCAAAGUGUCCCUCCAAAGACAAACAGGCGGAUGCAGACAUUACUCAAGUAUGGCGUAUGGAGCAUGGCGUCUGCUCAUGAUAAGAGACAUGCAGGACACAGUGUUUUUAAUGGUGCUGGAUGACGGCCGACGUUCUGUGGAGACGACCAAGAAGUUAUUAGAGAAGAUGAAGAGGACUGAUCUGGUGCAGAGGUUAUCAGACAGCAGCUCAAAACCCAAAAAAAAACGCUCUGAUGAACACCUGCCUGCACUCAUCCACAAAGUGGCAACAAUGAGGGCCGUUAAAGAGCUGCUUUUGGAAACCCUCGGGUAUUUGAGUGAUGAGGAGUUCAGGUGGUCUCUGCAGUUCACGUUCUUCAAGAUGAGCCUUCCACUAAUCUCAUGGAGACGGCUAAUGAGGGCAAGCACUAUGACGUUGUUGGAUUUAAUGAUGGAGAUGUGCGGUCAACAUGCUGUGAAAGUGGCCAAGGAGCUUUUAAUGGGCAUUAAGAGGACUGAUAUGGUGCAGAAGCUGUCACAGACCAGCUCAGGACACAAAGCUGCAGGAUCAUCAGCUCAUCCAUUUGGUGCAAGUACCAUGAGGGGAGAGAAACAUUUUGAUGAUGAAUACUGGCCUGCACUGGUCCAGAAGGUGGAAACAAUGACGUCUAUCAUAGAGCUGCUUUUGGAAACAAUGGCUGACUUGAGUGAUGAUUUGCUCCUGACACUUACAAACAAUGGCUUCAAGUACACCCUCCUGACUCAAACUGACUUUUACAAACACUUUUCAGACAUGCAAAUGUUUCUGAUGAACAUGAAGGACAGGAAAGACAUAGUGUUCUUAAUUGUGCUGAUCUACGGCGAACAGUCAAUGGAGACAAUGAAGAAGGUUUUAGAGAAGAUGAAGACUGAUCUGGUCCAGAGGUUGUCGGACAGCAGUUUAAGAUCCAAAAAGAGACACUUGGAUGAACAACAAUCUAGUUUAUAA